AUGGAGUAUCACCAUGCUGAACUCUGUCAUCCAGGAGAAAAUCUAUGUUCCCUCAGGGAAAAUCUCUCAGUUGUCCUUCCAGGACUGCCCAAGUCAGGAGCUGCUACUGACCGCCAUCAGAAUCAUAGAGUGCCGUCAGUGGAGGGACUGCCCAGCAGCAGCAGCCCCUGUCCCUCUGACGGUGCCCGUCCUGGAGAGGUGUCUUCCCGCCCCCCUGGGCAGUGUCAUCUGGAUCCUCCGUCCCCCUCAGCAUGGCACGGUAGAGCUCCUGCCCACUACUGGCAACCUCAGGCAGUCCCUGCCAGAACAACCCUGCCAGAACAACCCUGCAACGGCUCUGUCACUCUCACCGUGGCCGAGGACGAUGACGGCACCACCGUGGGUCAGUUCUGCCCUCAGGGAGCCAUAAACAAAGUCCAGGUCCACACCAACGUGUCCAUCACAGCUUCAGCCUCGACAAUUGGAGGGAAAGAGAGGUGGCCAUUCUCUCACCCUUUACUCAACAUCUCCUUCACCAGGGAGAUUGCAGAGAGAUACAUUGUCACGGUAUGCCCAAAGCAAGGAGUACCAACUCUCCUGGCCACCCCUAGUUGGCAUGUGGGAAUGAAGUCCUACUCCACUGUGUCCUGGAUCGUCGAUGUCCCCUCUAAGCUGGAAGCCCACCUCAUGUUCGACAACAUCAGCCAGCCCAAGUGCAGCAACCGCCACACGUGCAUCAGGGUGCAGAUCCUGGGCUCCCUGGAGGAGAUGUACAGCCGGCGGGAGGACGAGGAGGCAGGCAGGAAGAUCACUGUCUCAGAGAGCUUCUACCUCAACAUGUCCAACUGUAUGCCUGAGAGAGGAGACUUCAUCGUGCUCACACAGAUCACACUGCACAAGGAUAAGAUAAUGGAGUUGGUCAGUAACCACCCUGGAGGUGAUCCCUGAGAACUCAACCAGCGGGACUAAGCCACAGCAUUUUAUAGCAAAGUCCAACCUCCUGGAUGUUCAUGACAAAUCACAGAUGAGAGAAUUUAUACAAAGGUACAUUGUGCUCUCAUGCAACAGACAUCACAAUUACAUCGCAACAGGUUUCUGUCUCAAGGUCGUUUACUGCUUGUUUAUACAGAAAUAGUCAUGUAACAUAGACACGAGGUCAUUCGCUCAAAUGAUUUAAGUUCAGUGUUCAUCUGCAUAUGGGAGAGAAAAAGGAGAUUGGGUCUCGCUGGCACCGACAUACAGGCACACAGACACUAAUCAUGGAAUGGAAUGUCUUAUUACCAAGCCAUCGUAAAUCUGUCAGCGUUAAAAUCUCAGCGGCUCUUCUAAGAACACUAUUCUGUUGCCUAUUAGAUAUAACAGUCUGAAUGUACUAAUAUAGGGAUACAUUCUAAUAUUAAAGUGAUGUGAUUAACAUGUUGUAAUUCUGCGGCAGAACGGCAAGGACCGGCCCUGGUUGAGUCAAGUUGGCUGGAUGUCCUUUGGGUGGUGGACCAUUCUUGACAAACAGGGGAAAUUGUUGAGCGUGAAAACCCCAAGCAGCGUUGCAGUUCUUGACACAAACCAAUAUGCCUGGCACCUACUACCAUACCCUGUUCCUGCCCAAGGCUUAAAAAUCCUUCUUUAACCUGUCUUGUCCCCUUCAUCUAUACUGAUUGAAGUGGAUUUAACAAGUGACAUCAAUAAGGGAUCAUAGCUGUCACCUGGAUUCUUCUGGUUUGUCUGUCAUGGAGUGUUCCUAAUGUUUUCUAUAAUAAGCGUUAUCAGCCUCCAGAUUUGAAACAUUAUUAUGUUAGUGAGUGGGUUGAUAAUGGUAUGUCAGUGAAUACUGACCUGUGUGUGUGUGUUCCUAAGACCUGCUUCUGAGUGUGGUGGCAGCUCUGCUGGUUCUCAUGGUGGUUGUGGUUUGUGUGGUGAUCAAGUAAGUAACCUUUUCUCUAGCCCUUCAUGAUAAAUGUUGGAAUGGUUUCUCAGACAGAUUCAUCCCCAAGAAGAAAAAGUAGCAGGAGCAACACCUAUUUGUGGUUAUAAUCUUUCCUUUUAAAAUAGAGCUUAAUAUCCAUUGAAAGUGCUUUUUAGUCCAGGAUUAGGCUUAAUCUCUGUCUGAGAAACCAGCCUUUUGAGUACAUAUGGUAACUAUGCAUAAGAAAGGUACACUCUCCAUUCCCAACUGUAUUUAAUUUUAAUUAAUUAAUUUAUUUUGCUCCUUUGCACCCCAUUAUUUUUUUAUUUCUACUUUGCACAUUCUUCCAUUGCAAAACUACCAUUCCAGUAUUUUACUUGCUAUAUUGUAUUUACUUUGCCAUCUUGGCCUUUUUUGCCUUUACCUCCCUUCUCACCUCAUUUGCUCACAUUGUAUAUAGACUUGUUUAUACUGCAUUAUUGACUGUAUGUUUGUUUUUACUCCAUGUGUAACUCUGUGUCGUUUUAUCUGUCGAACUGCUUUGCUUUAUCUUGGCCAGGUCGCAAUUGUAAAUGAGAACUUGUUCUCAACUUGCCUACCUGGUUAAAUAAAGGUAAAAUAAAAAAUAAAAAAAAUAAAAUAAAAUAAAAGUAGUUUAUUUGAUAUUUAAAAAAAAUACAUUUCAGGAUACACAGACUGCAUUGGGCCUCACUCAGGCUUCCUUUACUAGGAUAUGGAACUGCAACAUUUUACCAGUCACUUCUUUAGCAAAAACUGCUGUAGUGUUUGAUCACGACAAUAUAGGCUACUCCUCCCUCACAUUGUUUUUACAAUUUCAAAAUAAAAAAAGACUGCUUGUAGAGGCUCAGGCUGCAGGUCAUAGGCCCAGGUCGGGCGGUCUUCAAUUUUCAACCCUGAUCAAGAGUCCUGGUGUGAAUCCUCAUAUGCAAUGUCAGACCCUGGCGAGUAUCGAAAACGUUCUUUACACCCAAGACAGCGAUACAGUUUGUGAUUGCUCAUAUGCUCUUCCAGCAAAACCUCCUCAUCCUCUGUGAAGCAUAUACCACAGAUGUAACAAGAAAGUGAUCCUGUACUUGCAACAUGAAAAUGUAGAUGUUCUUUCAAACGUUCUACAGACUCAAAGGUUCUUCCGCAGAUACCACACCGAGAUAGCUGUCUAUGUCUAUGGGCAUGAAUCACUAGAGACGUCAUGGUGAUAAAAGGUUUUGCACAUAUUCUACAAUGACGAACAGCAUUACCGGGGAUAGGGGAUUUCAAAUGGGACAACUCUGUGGAUUCUCUGACUUUAGUACAGAAUCUUGGUCCAACUUCUGUCUGUGUUCUCUUUGACUUGAGUGGAGGUCCUUCACUCUCUAUCCAAUCAACACUAUCACCACUCUCAAUCUGAGUUUCAGACCAGUCUGAAUUGACUGCAAAUGGGGGCUGAGAGUCACUGUUACUGACAUUUUCUGUUUUAAUCUGUUCAAUUUGCAUUGUGGUGCUGGGUAGCUCAUCCCUGUCUGUGUUUUCUUCACGUUGGGUUAAAACUUGGUAAAGAUGUGAGGAAUGACUUGGGUUCUGAUUACAGUCACCUUUUACUCUGGCAGUAGAUAUGAAGGCUUCUGUAUCAGCAGAAUCAUCAGUAUCAUCAGUAUCAUAAUCCAUCGCUUGAAGCUGCUCUUGUCCCUGACUGAUGACCCAUAGCUCCUCCUGUUCCACUUUAAUCUGAGAAGGUUCCUCCUGCCCCAGACCAGGACUACAAUCCUGCUGCUCAGGAGAAACCUCUUCAGAGAUGGAGAGAGUGAGCUGCUGGAGGUCUGUGGGGAAAAAGAUAUAUUUAGCUAGUACAUUCUAAUGCUGAGAUGCUGGUUUACAAGAAAUGUGUUCUAGCCAGAUGUAACUUUUGUGUUGGAAACUGGAAGUUUCGGUACAGUUGUAUAACUGCCUACAGAUCAUUUGUUAGUUCGACAUAGUGUGAUAUUUUUGUGUAGGUAAAAUAAGUGAUGCGAGAAAAGGCGAUGCAAACGCUUUUAUGCGCAAAUAUUGAUAUAAUAAACAUCACAUCUAAGUAAAGUUGGAGUCAUGAGAUGAUAUGGUGUAUGGUCGUCUGACUCGUGAAACCAUGCAGUUUAUUAGGCAACAGAUUAAAUAAAUUAGGAAUUUCACAGGGUGUUGAAUAAUAUCGAGGAUCUUAUUCUGAUGACGGAUGCUUGACAAAUAGAAAUAUUCUCGCUAUUUUCCAUAAUAAUCUCAUGUAGACUAGUUUACCCGCACCGCCUGUAGUGUAGGCCAUAUAUGAGCUGUUUGGCUAGAACACACGUGCCAAGACCAAAGUAGACACAUUUGCUAUUUAACAGGACAAUGUUUGUGACGAAACUAUUGGUAGAGUUGAAAAAGUGAUGGAAACAUAUAGAACAUUUGAUUUGUAUUCGGUACAUGAAACCUUAAAUGAAAAAGUACACUGUGUGCACUACGUCGUCACACACUCCGUUUGGUGGAAACACUACUGGUGGGGAAAAUUCGAAUUUUCUUCAUUCUGAUUUUUGAAUGAAAAACGCAUGAAAAUCUGUCUCAAAUUUGAUGAAAUUUUUGCUAGUGAUGACUCAAAUUUAAAUGCUCAACAUGCAUUAGGUAUCUGUAUAAAACGAUGGUUGUUACGGGCUUAGCUAAUAAGUAACACACCUUCUAGUCUCUGUAACUUUACUUCUGGUUUAAGAACGACAUCCAGCAGCCUCUGUAGCCGGGCGUUCACUUCUUCCGAACGGGACAUUUUUUCCUGGUACUCUGCUAUCGUUCGGUCUUUCUCCUCUUUUGAACGGCAUAAUUCU